AUGAACGUUCCUACUUCCCCGAUUGCAAAGCUCCGGCUACUUGUCCUUUGGAUUGCUCGAUCCCCGCAGCGAAUACAGAAGUGGGAUAAUCGACCUGGCUGUGCAAAGGCCAUCAACUACGAUGUCGAUACUUGGUGGAACUCUACUUUUGUUAUGAUUGAGAGAGCCGAAGAGUGUCGCCGCCAGCCCAAAGAUACAGUCAACGAUGAUCCAGAUAUUCAUGCCUUACGUCUCACCCCUGAUGAUUGGAAAAAGCUCUCAGAUGUCAAGAAAAUCCUGGCUCCCUUCAACGAAUAUACUGAGUACGUCUCUCGGGAUAGCCCUUCAAUUCAUAUGGCGGCGCGGAUGUUUGAAGAGCUCCGUUCUAUACUCUUAGCUAUCACGGAACGGCGAGGCGAUUGGCAGAAUCUUUCGUCAGCUCUAACUAUCCCGAUCUGUGAUAGACUUACACUUCUGGAGUACUACCAUGACUGCGUCAAAGGCAACGACAUAUAUUAUAUAGCGAGCGUUCUGGACCCUCGAAUCAAGACCAAGUGGCUCAAAACGCUACCAGACGGAGAGGGAAUUAUCGACCGAACCAGAACGUUCCUAAAAAAGCAUAUCCCAUCUCGAAACAGUCUAUAUCGACUGCUCUAA